UCUGCUGUUGUUUCAGCUGCACAAGCAGCAGCCAGGGAAGAAGAAGAGGAACAGAAGAUAUUUCAGGCAGCCGCCAGGACUGUAAGGAUCAAACGGGCUAAUUUGCACGUGACCUGUCCCCAUGAUGAGAUAAAUGAUCACAAAAGCUUCCAGUAAGAGAUGUCUAUGCCAGCACUGCAGCACUAGGAGAUGAAAAACAUUAGCAAGACAGAGGAACGCUAUGCAACGCCUCAGCUUUUCAGCUAAGUGCUGAGGAGUCCUAUUUCUGUAAUAUUUUAAAUAACAGUGAAACCAGUGUCUUAAUUCUGGAGCACGGUGUAAUCAGUGAGAGCAAAGAGAAUAAUUAAACCGUGUGCAGAGGAGAUUAGCUGCCUGUGAAGUAAUGACUUCGGAGCACAAAGAUGAUGGGUAAAUGACACCCGUGAAAGUUCUCAGAAGUCCUCCGGAUUAGAAGCUGGGAGUUGGAUGCUGUUCAGAAACAAACUGUCAUUGCAACUGCUUCAUUUAGUCUCCAGAGAGAACAUAAGAAUAUAAAUCUUGCUGAUGGAAGUGCAGAAACAAGGCAGAAAAGAAUUCUAGGAAAGCAGGCGAUGAGAACGAGUGGGCACGAUACAUCAGAAAGCUGUCCCAGCUGAUGGGAUUGACACAGCCAGAAUCCCACGGCUUUAAUAAGGGCAGGUUAUCUUAGCAGACUGCUUUGGGCUCCAGAAGGCAGCAGCAUUUGGAUACCUGGAUUCUGCUGCCGUUUCACUAAAUUGCUUUGGACAUUUGAAAGGAGAAAGUGAUAAUUACUUUGCAUUCUCAUGGAUGUGUUACUGCAUGGGGCUGGGGUCACUGCAUUAAAGGAAUGGUUACAUUUUCUGACCCCGAAGCAGUGAGGGCGACUUGAUCUUAUCAUUGAAUUUGUAUGCUUUUAUUUUCCUGCACUCUGCUGGUUUUCUAAGCACAUCACAGGGCAGAAGGGACUAAUGACACUAACUGCAAUGCAUGACUGUGGAGACUCCCAGCACCGUCAUUUUAACACUCAAUACAAUUCCAUAGAGCCCAUAGAGCUCGGUGGUAUUCCUUCCAGGUACAAACACACAAACAAUUGUGUGCCUUCUAUUUUAUAUGCUGCUUUUUGCUGCAUAGUCCCCACUUGUACAAGGAAAAUGAUAUUAAUUGUAUGCAAUGAAUAUCCCACAGGACGAGUAAGGAUUUCUCUCAGCACAGCAGAGGAUGCAUUUUGCUGAUGGUCCUGAACAGAAGUUUCCACACAAAGUGAAGAUUUUCAUGUUGGAGCACCAAAAUCUUCAAUAUCUACAGUGAUCCAAGGGGAAAACUAAAGGAAACAAGAUGGUUGCUAUUCCAGGAGGAGUGUUCACUAUGGGCACCGAUGAGCCUGAAAUACAGCAAGAUGGAGAGUGGCCUGCAAGAAGAGUCCGUGUUAGCAGCUUUUAUAUGGAUCAAUAUGAGGUCAGCAAUCAGGAAUUUGAGAGAUUCGUGAAUUCUACUGGGUACCUUACUGAGGCAGAGAAGUUCGGCGAUUCCUUUGUGUUUGAGGGAAUGCUGAGUGAAGAAGUGAAGGCUGAAAUCCAUCAGGCAUGGUUUCCCUGUGAUCCUGAGCGGGAUGUGAGGUGUCAGCAAGCAACCAAAGCAUUGGUUGCAGCUGCUCCCUGGUGGUUGCCUGUGAAGGGAGCCAACUGGAGGCAACCCGAGGGUCCUGGCUCCAGCAUCCUCAGCAGGAUGGACCAUCCUGUUCUUCAUGUGUCCUGGAAUGAUGCUGUAGCAUUUUGCACAUGGGCAGGGAAACGAUUACCAACUGAGGCUGAGUGGGAGUACAGCUGUCGAGGGGGCCUUGAGAGAAGACUUUUCCCGUGGGGCAACAAGCUUCAGCCAAAAGGUCAGCAUUAUGCUAACAUCUGGCAGGGAGUGUUCCCUACUAACAACACCGCAGAAGAUGGAUACAAAGGAACUGCACCGGUCACUGCGUUUCCUCCCAAUGGUUAUGGCUUGUACAACAUUGUGGGAAAUGCCUGGGAGUGGACAUCUGACUGGUGGGCUGUUCAUCAUUCAGCAGAUGAAGCUCACAACCCUAAAGGGCCCUCGUCCGGGACUGACCGAGUGAAGAAGGGUGGAUCAUACAUGUGCCACAAGUCUUAUUGCUACAGGUAUCGUUGUGCAGCCCGCAGCCAAAACACCCCUGAUAGCUCUGCUUCAAAUCUGGGCUUUCGCUGUGCAGCAGAUGCUUGGCCAGACCCACAGUGACCAGAUGGGCUGCACUGCACUCAGGGAAGAUGCAUGCAGUGUCACCUGCUGAUAUGAGAGAGAAUGGAAGAUCUUGUGCUUAAGGUUCCUGUUGGGCAGGAGAACUCCAGCACUCACCAACGCUGCUUGUAGCCCUGUAUGCCUAUGUUUGAGGCCUGGACUUUCAUUGUGACCAAGCUUCUUAGAGGUACUGCCUUCAGUGAGAGUAGCUGGACUUACACAAGCACAAACCUGAGCAGAAACAUGCAGACUGUUUUUUCAAAUGGUAACUUGAUUUAGUAGAUCCUUUGGAAAAGUUCUUUAAUGAUGUUUGAGUUUCCACGCUCAGAUCCAAUAAGGAUUCACAGACUCCUGGAUAGCUCUAAAAGAAACCUGAAGCAGUUACUGCUUCCAUAACCUUGUAGGAGACAUGUUUAGAAAGGAGACAAAGAUGACACAGGGACAGUUAGUGCAGCUGGUGUAUUACAUUCCAAUUGCAGUGAAAAUCAAAUCCAGCUUUUUGGGGUGCAAUGCUUACACCUCUUUAUGGAAGAAGUGCAUUCUGCUACUGGGGGGGAUAAUCAUCACUAAGAUUAGAAAUGUGUGUAUUUGAAUAAAAUAUCGGGAUUUCUUUAUGCUGAAGACUUCAUUCAUGGAAAAACACUGACAACUUGCUUUGUAUUUCUCUUGGCUGGGUUGUAGCCUUACUUUCAGAACUGUAAAUGUAGCAUAAGAAACUGAGGCGAAUGAAUGAUGGCUAGAAUAGAAUUCAUUCAGUCAAAAUAUGGCAAAUGGAACUAUGGGCCCUAAGGUCUAAUGAGGUAAAUUAAGAAACUGUUGUCUGUUCCCCUGUACAAAACAAGCACCAAAUAAAACAACCUCUCCUUGCUUAAAAGAAUGGUAGCAAGGAGAAGGGUGGUGGACUGAGA